CUUGUACCUGUAUAUCACAAUCAAACAAAAUCAUUCCUUUCCAUCCAUCAUACCAUCGUCCCCACGCAUCGAAUCCGACGUCAUCACACCUUCAUCUUCCAUUCCGCCUAUUCCACCGCCAAAGGUUCCGCGAAACAUCCGCAUAUUUCGCGAUUUCCCCGAGCACCAUCAAAUACCAUCCCUUGCUUCACAGGUACAUCUUGCGCAACUCAGCAUACGCAACGCGAAAACAAAAUGACGACGAUCAAUUCCCCUCCGGAAGAUAUUAAGAUGGAGGAUGGGACCAGGGUAACUCCUUCGGUAUCUGGGGAGAAUGAGGAACCAAAAUUUGGAGGGUUUACAAGGUUUGAAAUCGAACUUGAGUUCAUAAAUGCCAUUUCUUCACCCUACUACCUAAUGCACUUAGCCUCCCUUUCUUCUGGCACUCUCCUCAGCUCCCCACCAUUCAUCGCCUACCUCAAAUAUUUACAAUACUUCACCCAACCCCCAUAUCUCAAAUUCCUCUCCUAUCCUGGACCCAGUCUGAAACACCUAGAAUUAUUACAAAAUGAGAAUUUCAGAAGGGAUUGUUUGAGUAUAGAUAUCAUAAGUAUGCUUGCCAGUGAGGAUAUGGCAGCAGUGGAGAGGUGGCAGAAGGAAUGA